GAGAGAGAGAGAGAGAGAGAGGGAGAGAUAGAGGGGUGAAGUGGUCUCCGAUUGGUGACGACGCUCUAAAUACUUUCGAUCAUAGUAGAUCGACAAGCGUUCAUCGUCCGUAGAGUGCCAAAGAUCGUCUUGUGCAAAAUUGCGAGAGAAAAUUAUUUUGCCCCGUUAAAACUCGAAUGCGUCUGUCGAUUUACAUCGUUCUCGGAGACGCGGCAUGUUCAAAAGCAUCGAAGAAAUUGCAAGGAGAUCGUUUGCAUCGUCCGAGGAGGAUGUCAACGACAUCGGGCGGGGGUGGAUUCGUUGAGGACUCGAGAAAGAAUCAAAGAGAAAAGUGAGGCCAAGAAGGUGGCAAACGUAAGGACAAGUAGGUACCCGUCGAGGUGAUGUUGCUGGAGUCGCGAAGCUUCGACGGUAGGAAGAGAAACGGACUGACACUGACUUCGUUCGUGGGUGGAGACGGUGGUCGGAGCGGAGGAGGAGGUGGAGCAGAAGGAGGAGGAAGGGGAGGAGGAGGAGGAGGAGGAGGAGGAGGAGGAGGUGGCGGCAGCGAGGAGGACGACGAGGAAUCGAGGCAUCAUCGCGUCUUUCUCGGUAGGAAAAUGCAGGGCGAGAGUGCCGCCGCCUCCGCGGUACCCACCGGAAUUUCUGGCAUUUCCGGAUGUACCAGAGACGACACCGACGACAGCUCGAGUACCUCGCCCAAUGGCAGUCUCCUCAACAACAUCAACAAUAAUUGCAAUUCUAAUCGACAAUGCGCUACCGACUUCAGCAUCGCGGCCAUCAUGGCCAGGGACUCGAGGCAACAGCAACAGCAACAGCAGCAACAGCAGCAGCAACAACAACAACAACAACAACAACAACAACAACAACAAUCUCAAUCUCAAUCUCAGUCGCAUUCUCAGCAACAAAAUCAGCAGCAGCAACAACAACAUCAUCAUCACCAUCAUCACCAUCAUCAUCAUCACCGGCACUCUCAGCAGCAGGCCGUCGGCGGCGGCAAGCUUCAUCAACAUGAAAGGGAACCGAGCGGUUCUGGUGUCGUCCGUGGAUCACACCAGUCGGUUCAGGAAUCGAUCAACGCCGAGGACGAGCCGGAAACGGAUGACGCCGGAAGUACGAGCGGAAAAGGAGCCUCGCCCGUUAAUCCGUUGCUUCAGGAACGAUGGAAUUGCGAGGAGCUCAAGCACGUCGUUUGUCAUCUGGAAACCAAAGAUCUUUGGGAUAAGUUCAACGAGCUAGGCACCGAGAUGAUCAUCACCAAGACCGGAAGGCGGAUGUUCCCGACCUGUCGCGUCUCCUUCAACGGACUAAAGGCGGACAGCCGGUACGCGGUCUUAAUGGAUAUCGUGCCGGUGGAUAACAAGAGGUACCGGUACGCUUAUCACAGAAGCUCGUGGUUGGUAGCAGGGAAGGCCGAUCCACCGGCGCCCGCUCGUCUUUACGUCCACCCCGACUCACCGUUCACCGGCGAGCAACUUCGCAAGCAAGUCGUCUCCUUCGAGAAAGUCAAGCUUACGAACAACGACAUGGACAGGCAAGGCCACCUGGUGCUGAACUCGAUGCACAAGUACCAGCCGAGGAUCCACCUGGUGAAGAGGCCAGAUUCGGGCACGGCGAAACCCAUCGUUGAUCUUGAGAAGGAGUCGUACAAGACCUUCAUAUUCCCGGAGGCCAUAUUCACCGCUGUCACCGCCUAUCAGAAUCAGCUCAUUACCAAAUUGAAGAUCGACAGUAAUCCCUUCGCCAAAGGAUUCCGGGACUCGUCUCGUUUGACCGACUUUGAGAGCUUCCCUUUCAGGGAAACGAUGGAGUCGAUGUUGGCGGAGCAGCAAUCGUUGAGGUUUCCGCAUCGAUUGCCUUUCGAGAUGGACCAAUUACAGGCAGGUGCCGUUAGCAAUCUCAGUCUCGAGGAAAAGGCACUGUGGGCCGCACGUUCGCAAAUGUUGCUCAGAGCCGCCGCCGCGGUGGCGGUCAGUCCUUACGCUCAGCUCGUGAGCCCGUCUCUGGUGUAUCCCGGUGCGACCGGUGCUUCGGCCGCUACCACAGCCGGCACGAGUCACCAUCAUCAACAGCAACAACAGCAGCAACAGCAACAGCAGCAACAGCAUCAUCAGCAGCAACAGCAACAACAGCAGCAGCAGCAGCAGCAGCAACAACAACAGCAACAACAGCAACAACAGCUCGGCCAUCUCUGGUGGGCAUCUUCGAUAGGACCUACGCUCUUCGCGGCGGCUCAUCAUCACCAACAGCAGCAGCUAGCGGCCUCGAGCUCUCAGCAGGGUUCGGUCGGUGGUCCAGCCGCACCUAGACCUCUUUAUCCGUCGGCGUUGGCGCUGGCGCAUCAUCGAUUCUCACCUUAUCACACGGCGAGCACACCGAAAUCGGCGACGCCGGCAGCGCCCUCGCCCUCGCCCUCGCCCUCCCGAAGGGCCACACCCUCGCCAACGGACAGUCUAAGCAGAGAGGCACAGGAUCUUUCGCCCUCGUAGUCGGAACCUCAUCCGAACGUUUAUCCGUGCGUCGUGCGCUGUGCCGUUCCUUUUCUAAUCUUUGUCUCUUUUUCGAACAAGACGCUGACGCAGGUGCAAAGAGAGGAAGAAAGUUUAAAAGUGCGUGUUAAAUUGCUCGGACGAGUAAUCAUUUGUGCGCCCGCGAGAGACGCUGAAAGGUCGUCAUGUUUGGAAAGACGAUGGACGCCCGAUUCGAGGCAACAACGCGAAUGGCAGUAUGGUAAUUGUGGUGGCAAAGGUCCCAUUGGGACCACGCGAGACGUGCGCGACUUCGAGUUCGCCGAACGAAAGAGCA